CCACCGAGGGACGGCCCGGACCGAAGGGGCAUACCUUUGGAACCGAACCAGCUGUUAUUGGAACAAAUGCAACGAAUGGAACUCCUUCUGACGAAUAUGUCCGCUCGCCUAUCGCAUGUCGAAGGACAAGUUAACAAUACGACCGAACCACCUAUGCCCGAGGUCCCUACUGAUGCCACACCAUCGGUAACCCCUAUGUACAGUGCGAACAAACCGCGCCACUCCCUUGACCAUCCCGAUAAAUAUGACGACUCUGAUCGUUCACGAUAUAUGCAGUUCGUGGCAAUCCUAUAUGCAAAAUUGACGGUCGAUGCACCAGCGAUCGGAGGACCGUACGAGCAACUGUGGUACGCCUAUGGACGGUUGGCAGGAAAGGCCCAGACGAAGGUCUACCCCUGGAUGCGGCUUCAUGGGAACGUAAAUACGGUCACCCCCGCUACACUAGAAGCUUUCUUUGCGCACCUUAACGUGCUGUUCGAAGAUCAUCAACUUGUGGAGAAGGCGAACCUUGAACUUAACCGUAUACGACAGGGGCGCACCCCUUUCCAGGACUUUAUCAGCGAAUUUGAACGGAUAUUACUUCUUGCAGGAGGUCAAUCAUGGACCGACGACGUAAAAAUCUCACGACUGAAAACCGCGAUUAACCAAGAAAUGAGGCGUGCGACUGUCGGGAGCGACAUGCCGAAGCAGUACGAAGCUUUCUGCGAACGCUUACACCGAGUAGCGAACGACCUUGAAGAGCUGAAAAGGAUUGACAACAUCCAGUCCCGAUACAAGCGGAACACUUCCCGUCCGCUCACAAAAGGAACCUCCCCCGACAGAGGACAGCCCCAAGUCAUGGACUGGACACCUGCGGGCCUGCCAAUUAAUACUGUCAGAACGGACAACUGUUUUCGAUGCGGAAAACCGGGUCAUAUUGCCCAAUACUGCCCCGAGCCUGCGCCGCUCCGUCGGGCGCCAUCUCCGAGGAACCGUGGCAAGAAGAAACACGAUACGUUCACGAGAAUAUCCAACACCGGAGUAAAGGAGAAUGAAACCGAAUCUGAUACAGGCUCAGAUAGCACAUCAGAGUCAAAAGAUCUAAGACUUUAUUAG